CCUUUCCACUCCGUUUGCCAUUUUGAUCUUCUUUAGCUUUACUUGAUUAGUUGUUCUGCUCCACGAAUUGCAUCUUCGAUUAGUUGUUCUGACUGCCAUAGUCGCCAUUAGUUGCCACUUGAUAAAUUCUCUGAAACCGUAAUACGUUCAUAUAGUUUUUCGCAUUUCAAUCGGAGAAUCUCCAAACACUGAGAUGGUUUCCCAAAAUCAACCCAAAGAAGACAACCCUAAGAAGCAAUGGUCCUUGAGAGACUUCGAGAUCGGAAAACCCCUAGGAAAAGGGAAAUUUGGUAGAGUCUACGUCGCUCGAGAAGUCAAGAGCAAAUAUAUUGUGGCACUUAAGGUUAUUUUUAAGGAACAAAUAGAAAAGUACAGAAUUCAUCACCAACUGAGGAGAGAGAUGGAGAUUCAGACCAGUCUUCAGCACCCCAACAUUCUCCGUCUCUAUGGCUGGUUUCAUGAUGCCGAACGGGUUUUCUUGAUACUUGAGUAUGCUCAUAACGGUGAGCUUUACAAAGAGCUCAGAAAAAAAGGUCAUCUCACCGAGAAGCAAGCAGCCACGUAUAUUUUGAGCCUCACAAAGGCGUUGGCAUAUUGUCAUGAGAAGCAUGUCAUUCAUAGGGAUAUAAAGCCCGAGAAUUUGUUGCUUGACCAUGAGGGUCGCCUUAAAAUUGCAGAUUUUGGUUGGUCUGUACAGUCAAGAAGUAAGAGACAUACUAUGUGUGGAACAUUGGAUUAUCUAGCACCUGAAAUGGUAGAAAACAAAGAACAUGAUUUUUCUGUUGAUAACUGGACUUUGGGUAUACUUUGCUAUGAAUUCUUAUAUGGUUCUCCCCCAUUUGAGGCUGAGAGUCAAGUUGACACUUUCAAGAGGAUAAUGAAGAUUGACCUAAAUUUCCCUUCUACUCCAACUGUUUCUUCAGAAGCCAAAAAUCUGAUUAGCCGGCUCUUGGUGAAAGAUUCCACGAGAAGGCUAUCACUUCAGAAGAUUAUGGAGCAUCCUUGGAUAGUCAAGAAUGCUGAUCCUAUGGGUAUCUGCAAUAAAUAGAUACACACAUUCAACCACUGGCUUUGAGGGAUUGUCGAAGUUAGAAUUUCGUAUCUGAUAUAAAAUGUGAGCGGAGUGACUAUUUGUGGGCAUGUCUUUGAUGAAAUAUGAAGGUCAAAAACUGUGCAUCUAACUGUUAUAGGAUGAGUUUUGCAACGGGCUGUAAGGAAACACAAUGGUGUUGUCUGAGAUUCCUGCACGAUGUAUUGAUUAGGAAUUUAAGAUACAUUAGCUUAAAGUUAUAAACUAGGAUUCUCUCCCGUAUAGUGUUAACUGCCAAUUAUCACAAAUUAAAACCCAUUUCUUU